AGAGGGGUGGGGCUUAAGAAAAAUCAAAUAAUGCGCGGCGACGGCUGCGGACGGAGGCUGCCUGGUGUCGGUGUUGGGCGCUGACAGGCCGGCUCGUCGGCAUGGAUUCCACCGCCUGCUUGAAGUCCCUGCUUCUGAGCAUCAGUCAGUACAAAGCCGUUAAGUCGGAGGCGAACGCCACUCAGCUGCUGAGGCACUUGGAGGCAGUUUCUGGACAAAAGCUCACACGACUGUUUACAUCACAUCAGAUAUUACCAAGUGAAUGCUUGAGCUGCCUCGUAGAACUUCUUGAAGACCCAAACAUAAGUGCUUCACUGAUCUUAAGUAUUAUCAGUUUGCUGUCUCAACUGGCUGUAGAUAAUGAAACCCGAGACUGUCUUCAGAAUAUAUACAAUCUCAAUAGUGUGCUGUCAGGGGUGGUUUGUCGGAGCAGCACUUGCCACAAUAAUUCCGUGUUUUUACAGUGCAUUCAACUGCUGCAAAGGUUAACAUAUAAUGUCAAAUUUUUCCAUUCUGGUGCCCAUAUAGAUGACUUAAUUACAUUCUUGAUUGGUCAUAUUCAGUCUUCUGAAGAUGAGCUAACAAUGCCUUGUCUAGGACUAUUGGCAAAUCUUUGUCGGCACAAUCUUUCUGUUCAAACACAAAUAAAAACUUUGAGUAAUGUAAAAUCUUUUUACCGAACUCUCAUAAGCUUCCUAGCACACAGCAGUCUGACUGUGGUUGUGUUUGCACUUUCAAUAUUAUCCAGUUUGACACUAAAUGAAGAAGUGGGGGAAAAGCUAUUUCAUGCUCGAAACAUUCAUCAGACUUUCCAAUUAAUAUUUAAUAUUCUCAUAAAUGGUGAUGGUACCCUAACAAGAAAGUACUCAGUUGACCUACUGAUGGAUCUCCUUAAAAACCCUAAAAUUGCUGAUUAUCUGACCAGGUAUGAGCACUUCUCUUCAUGUCUUAAUCAAGUACUAGGACUUCUAAAUGCAAAAGACCCUGAUUCUUCUUCAAAGGUUUUAGAAUUACUUCUUGCGUUCUGUGCAGUGACUCAGCUGCGCCAUGUACUCAGUCAGAUGAUGUUUGAACAGUCUCCACCUGGCAACAGCAUUCUGGGAAGCCGUCCGAAGAGCUUAGAGCCUGUUGUGGCUCUACUUCGCUGGUUAAGCCAACCCUUGGAUGGAUCUGAAAACUGUUCUGUGUUAGCAUUGGACUUGUUCAAGGAAAUCUUCGAGGAUGUCAUUGAUACUGGUAACUGUUCCUCAACUGACCAUCUUGUGACCCUUCUGCUUCCUACAAUCCUUGAUCAGCUUCAGUUCACAGAACAAAAUCUGGAUGAGACCUUAGUAAGAAAUAAAUGUGAAAGGAUGGUCAAAGCCAUUGAAGUUUUAUUAACUCUGUGUGGAGAUGACACUCUGAAAAUGCAUGUUGUAAAAAUAUUGACUACUAUAAAGUGCACCACGCUUAUAGAGCAGCAGUUUACAUAUGGCAAGAUUGACCUGGGGUUUGGAACAAAGGUAGCUGAUUCUGAGUUGUGCAAACUUGCUGCUGAUGUAAUUUUGAAAACUCUUACUUUGAUGAACAAACUUAAACAGUUGGUUCCUGGUAUGGAAGUAAGCUUCUACAAAAUCCUUCAGGAUCCGCGGUUGAUUACUCCUUUAGCUUUUGCUUUAACGUCAGAUAAUAGAGAACAAGUCCAGUCUGGCUUGGGAAUAUUGCUGGAAGCUGCUCCCCUGCCCGAUUUCCCUGCCUUAGUACUUGGAGAAAGUAUAGCAGCAAACAAUGUAUACAGACAGCAAGAAACUGAGCAUCUGCCCAGGAAAAUGACUUUCCAGCCCUUAAGUCAUGGUUUUUCAACAUCAGCAAAGUGCUUAACGCCUCCUCCUUCAAAAGAUAAUGCUCCUGCGUUGAACAUUGAGGACCUCAUAGAGAAACUGCAGGCUGGAGUGAUGGUAAAGGAUCAGAUUAGUGAUAUAAGACUAUCUGACAUCAUGGACGUUUAUGAGAUGAAACUUUCCACAUUAGCCUCUAAAGAGAGCAGGCUACAGGACCUCCUGGAAGCAAAAGCCCUGGCUCUUGCACAGGCUGACAGGCUGAUCGCCCAGUACCGCUGCCAGAGGACUCAGGCAGAGACAGAGGCACGAACACUUGCGGGUAUGUUACGAGAAGUUGAGAGAAAAAAUGAAGAGCUUAGUGUGUUGCUGAAGUCACAACAGCUCGAGUCAGAAAGAGCCCAAAAUGAUAUUAAGCAUCUCUUUCAACACAGUAAGAAGCUGGAAUCUGUGGCUGAAGAACAUGAAAUACUGACAAAGUCCUACAUGGAACUUGUUCAAAGAAAUGAAGCUACUGAAAAGAAGAACACUGACUUACAGACUACCUGUGAAUCUCUGAAUAAACACAUUGAGACAAUGAAAAAGUUGAAUGAAUCACUCAAGCAACAAAAUGAAAAAACUAUUGCUCAGUUGAUAGAGAAAGAAGAGCAGAGAAAAGAAGUCCAGAGCCAGUUAGCAGACAGAGAGUGUAAACUAUCAAAUUUGCAUAAAAUAGCAAAAUCCCAAGAAGAAAAACUUAAUGUUUUACAAAAGGAAAAGCAAGAUAAGCAAGAAACCAUUGAUAUCCUUAGAAAAGAAUUAAGCAGAACAGAACAGAUAAGAAAAGAGUUGAGCAUUAAGGCUUCCUCCCUAGAAAUGCACAAGGCUCAAUUAGAAGGUCGUUUGGAAGAGAAAGAGUCUUUGGUGAAACUUCAGCAAGAGGAGUUGAACAAACAUUCUCACAUGAUAGCAAUGAUACACAGUUUAAGUGGUGGAAAAAUAAGCCCAGAAACUGUGAACCUUAGUAUAUAAACAUUCUGGCUUUGGGGAAUUUGUGCAUGGAUACUUCCGUUGUAUUUAUAUAUUGGAGUUGGCAGUAAACAGAGGAAAUCGUGACUUCAAGACAAUUAUCAUUUGUUUGCUAUCUAUUAACUUAGUAAAAAUCGUAAUUGCAUUGAUGUUUUAUUUAUUCUUUGGGAAAUUUUUAGAUUUUGUGUUUUUUUUUAAUGUUUACACUUACAUAUUCUCAUUUAUGAUUAUAGUCAUGGAUUACUUAAUAUCAACCAUGAAUUAAAUUUACAUAAAUGUGCUUUUUAAGCACUUUAUUCUGUGAACAUGCUAGAAUAGACACACACAGGGUGUUUAAGCUGUAUCAUCUUUUGCAACUAUGGUAAUAAAAAUACGAUCUAUCAUUAAUUAAAUAUCAUCACAAAGUAAUAGAGUCGUUAAGUAACUUUCUUGAUCCAGCAGUCUUACAGAUUAAUUGAUUAAGAUCAACUAGUAAAACAUGUUCUGAUAUACUACUCAGGAAAUUUUUCUCUAAGGGUAACAGAAGAUAGACUGAAAGAACUUUAUUACUGCAUUUAAGAUGAAACAAUAUAUAGCCUAAACUGUAAAUUUGGAAACAGUGCUGUAGCUAUCAGAAAUAAUGUUUAAAAAUGGGGAGUAUCCAAUACGUUAAAUGAUUUCAUAGUCUCCUAAAAUUAAAAAUUUGUAUAAUUAUUUGCAA